AUGGCUAGAACAUACACCCUCUACAAUUUACGGAUCAUCUUGGUCUUGACCUUGGGAAGUCUCACCUUUGGGUACGGCUUUUCGGUCAUCUCCAACACCAUAGGGCAGCCUGGGUUCAUCCAAUACUUCAACCUCAAAGCCAACUCCGACUACACCAACGCAAUCACCGGCACCAUCAAUGGCUUAUACUGCGCAGGAGCACUGUUUGGGGCGCUUCAUGUGGGCUGGAUGUGUGAGGCCCGCGGCAGAAAAGAGACCAUGUACUUGGCGUCGGCCGUCAAUGUGGUGGGCGGAGCCCUCGAAACCGGUUCCAUCGACAUGGCCAUGUUUCUCGUUUCCCGGUUCAUUUCAGGCUGGGGUAUAGGCAUGAUGGUGGUCUUGAUCCCCAUUUACCAAGCCGAAAUCUCGCCCCCCAACGCUCGAGGCUUUCUUGUCGGCCAACACGGAACUUGGAUCGUCUUGGGAUACGCCAUUGCCGGGUGGGUUGGCGCGGGAACGUACUACUCGUCGAAUCUGUCCUUCCAGUGGCGAUUCCCAAUUGCCCUGUCGAUUAUACCGCCGCUUGCAUUAGCGAUAUGUGCCCCGUGGAUUCCAGAAUCCCCUCGUUGGCUACUCACCAGAGACCGACGCGAGGAGGCCUGGAAGAUUGUCAAACGCUUGCAUGGUGGCACCGCCGAAGACGAAGCGAGUCUCCAGUACGCCCGCGAAGAAUUCUACCAAAUGACUGAACAGGUUCGAGUGGACGCCGCCGCGUGGAAACAGGGAGGGUGGCGCGGUAUGUUCACAAACAAGACCUACCGGAAGCGCUUCUGGAUGGGCUUCUUCAUUCAGUAUGCUGCUCAAUCGACAGGCGCUCAGGUGAUUUACGUAUAUAUCGUCUCCUUGUACCAGAAUCUUGGACUCACUGGCGGAGUUCCGUUGAUUUUGGGGGCAGCGUAUGUCACGGUCGCAACCAUCUCCAACUUCGUCGGGGCCCUGCUCCUGGAUAGAGUAGGACGAAAACCACUUCUGCUGGCCGGGCUCACCGGAUGCAUGCUCUCGGUGUGCCUAGAGACGGCUAUGAUAGCCGAGUACGCUGGUACCACCAACAAAGCCGGACUUUCGAUGGGGGUGUUCUUCUCGUUCUGCUUCAUCAGCUUCUAUGGAGGCGGCAUCGACGUGGUUGGCUAUGUUUAUUGCUCGGAGAUCUUCCCGACCACAAUCCGAUCUCAGGGCGUAGCCUGGUCUCUCGCUGGAACAUUCCUCUCGACCUUGGUGUACGUCGAGGCUGCGCCGACGGCCUUGGCAAACAUCAAGUGGAAGUACUACAUCGUUUUCAUCUGCCUGACCUUUGUCAACAUUUGGAUUUUUUACUUUUGGUGUCCCGAGACUCGAGGCAAGUCGCUGGAAGAGAUCAAUGCCCUGUUCGGCGACGAAGUGGUGGUACAUUUUGCGGAUGCGACAGAAAAGCAACGGCAUGAAUUGACCGCCAAGGUAUUGGCACAAGACGAAAAGCAUGAGUUUGCCUCAGAACGCGGGGAAGGCGUCGAGGGCGCGAGCACAACUACAGCGUUGAAAGUCUAA